AAACGUGGGUACAUCAGAAUUUUGACAGAUUGAUGUGAACACCAAUCUGCAAGACUGAUAUGUUGGUAAAACGGGAACCGACACCACGUAGUGUUUACUUGAUAAUCAAUCUAGAAAACGUUCUGGCUUGGUGUUAAUGGAUUUAGCAUCGACCACGUGCCAGAACCAGUCAAAUGUGGCCCACAAACCUUCUGUAUGAUUUACAUUGGAAUUAUCACAUUUUACAAAGUGGAGCGUUAUAACAAUUAAAAACUUUCUGCUUUGAUACAUUUCACGGCAUAUUUUGCUAAUUAGCCGCUAAUUUCUUCUACGUUUAUGAUGCGAAAACGAGUAUUUUUGGACCGAUUUCAUUAAAUUACGAUUUUUCAUGCGAUUAGAUGGUUACAAAUUUAUCGAUUCCUUUUCAAACAAUUUGUCGUCCAAUUCUUGAUUAUCAGGAACCUGAAAGCGAAGCAUGUCACUUUCACUCCAGAUCAGUCUUCCUAUGCAUUUCUCGUUUAGAGGUGAGCAUCAUAAACUUAAUCGAUGCAAAUUUAACGAUUCGCUGAAAGUUGAACAUACAUACAGUCGCUAAAAAUUAACAUAUGAUUCGGUAAUAUUGAAAAUAGAAUUCAACAUAAGAUCUUCCGGUUCGCGCGGUCCCUAUCCACUUCCGCUAAUGGUUCCAGGACCGGUGUUCCAUUUUCAAACGCUAGGUGGCCUCUAAAUAAUUAUUUAAAAAUAGCGACAUCUGUACCGCUGUCGCUCAUCGUGAUAUAUCGUAUCUUAACCCCUGUUUACCGCGCGUUUGUCGCCGUGCGUGAUUGAAAUCCUGAACUUGAAAUAUUCGAAGGUUAGUGUCCUUUAUUGUGAACAAGAUUGAUAGAGAAAGUUGUGUAUUGUUCGAAAUAUUUGUGUUAUUAAGUAACGUAUCGUUGGCGGAAGUGUUUGAAUAUAAAUGGCGGCAUUUUUUCUAAUUGGUUUAUUAUUUGAUCGAGCAAGUGGCGGCCGGGUGAAUCGUACGUCAGGAUGGGAAACGUAACCUUAAGGAGGGAGCAUAGCACCAAUAUGGGAGGAGUUGUUUCGAGUUCUCUCUCCGUUGAGAGACUGCAAGGAGCAGAGGUGGUCUCUGCUCACCUGAGCAUUUCAGGUGGCAGUCGCCCUGCUGAGUUGUUCAGCGACGGGUACCUCGUAAGCAUCGUGAUCCACGAAAUUCCGCGAGUUCUCAGCCGAGUUCUCGUUACAUUGCUAUACGUCACUUACGAUGCCGGAUAAUAUUAUCGAAUCGAUCGAGACACGCGUUUUUAACGAUUUUUAUCUAGCGAGCGAUAUCAUUGAUGGACACCAUUAGGUAUUUCGUUGAAAUUUCAUGCAAUCUAAUUAUGACUUUUACAAUGGGUGAUAAGAAGAUAAUGAACAUGAUAAAUCGGGCUAUGACAGAUGACGUUGCAAUCACCUAAUUUGCGAUUAUCGAACGAGAACGAGAGUUCGAUGUAAAGAGGUUAGAGCGGACGAAAAAAAUAUGACAUUUACGUCGAGACGAAAGAAAGUGAACGUUCCGCAGAUGAGUGAUGUACCUCGUGAUUAAGAAUGAUCAAAAAUUCUUUAAUAAUCUUGUAUAAUUCGUGUUCGAGACGGUUUGUUCGUUAACUUGAACACUUUAUGUUGACAUCUUGCAUAAAUCGCCUCUAGAUUAUUCUAUAUUACAUCUACCGGAGAUGCGCGUGAAGAAUGAAAUAUGUACUUUUAAAUGUCUGUCGAAGUCAAAUAUUUGUGUGAAGAUAUCAAAUAGUUUAGCGAAGUGGCUCGUAAAAUGUAGCAUUAGAUAACGUGUAGUGUUCCUUUACAUUGCUACGAAGUGCAUGAAACAGGAUUUUGAAUGAUCGUGUUAUUAACAACGUUGAGAAAGAAAAAAGUGUAACAAGAAAAGAAGAAAAAAAAGGCUGUUUGAGGCGUGUGGAAGAUUUACAAGUUUAAUCCAGUAUCUAGGUUUAUUUUUGCAACGAUGUUGUAAUAACCGAGUGUAUCGGGUUCACGGGUUCUGUUAGUAAAGCCGAGGAAGUUAGCUGAGUCGCUAAUAGGAUGCAGCGUCGGUUACGACCCUAAUCCAAGGUGAUUUUCGCAUCGAGCGCCGGAUAUAUCGGACAUCGGUACUGGAAUUGUUUCACAGAUAAUUAAUAUCUAUUUAUAAGCAAACACACGGAGAGACAGCGACACGUUAUGGAAAUCAGUGUGACCAAGUGCAACGCGUACGAAAGUAUUAUGGACACGGACAGUGGUAAACAUUUGUGCUGAACCGUUCGAAAGAAUUCUGUUAUUCUCUUUUCUCUGUGAAAAGUAAUUGUGAAUAGUGCGUUAAUUGUAUACAAAUUGGAGCAUGAUGGGAGAGGUGAUACGGGUAUCUGGGAGGACACCGGAUGUUGGGGAGUUCCUCAAGGAAGCUAUGUUGUCCCAAAGAUUCGCUGAUGUUGCUCUCUGUUGUCCUGGUGGUCAAAGAUUUCUAGCUCAUCGUCUGGUUCUCUCUGCUGCCAGCCCUUAUUUACAAGAAGUGCUGUUGGCUCACAGUAGAACGUCGUCGCACUGCGAACCGAUCACAGUGAUAUUAGCCGAGGUAGAAGCGCCCGAACUGGCUGCUAUCCUUGGUUUUGUGUACACCGGAAGCGCGACGGUGCCUCGUCCUCGGUUGAACGCUUUCCUCCAUGCUGCCGAGGCUUUGCACAUCAGACUGCCUCCUGUACCGGUCGUGAUGACUUGCUCGCAAGCGGAUUGCAAGCAGGAAGACAUCAAAGACGUGAAGAUCAACCCGAAGUACCUACGGUGCGAUCAGUAUCCGUGCUGCGACGGCUGGUACCGUCCAGGGAGAAAUCAAGAUGGAGAUUCCACGAGCAAAGAGGAACCGUAUCCACCGAUCGAGUCCUUGGAAACCGCAAGAGAAAUCAGACCGCUUCCUGAAUCGAUGAACUUUCUUCAAUCCAGAUAUGGACCUGAAAAAUAUUUCUCUAGUACGAUCUGGUCUGUUCCUCCUCCACCGUUUACCAAUGUCCGACAAGAAAAGAAUCUUCAAUCUUAUGAGAAAGAUGGAACGAAUCGGAUGGACGUAAGGAGAUAUCAAUCAACCCCUGUGAUAUCUGCUAUCAGCGAUAUUCCUGCUGGACAUACGGAGAAUCAUCGAGUCAGUGAUUCAUCGAUGAAAACUCAUCAUCAACAGGAAUUUUGUUUUUCAAAAAGCUUGUACGAUAGACAACUGGAACCUCUGGAAUCACGAAUGAAGACUGAUCAGAAUCGGCCUCAAACGAGGGAUGAUAAUCGUCUAGGAAAAGAUUUAACUUAUGAUCGUUGUUUAGAGCAAGACAGAGCUCCUGUCAUUCGUUCUAGAAUUGAAUGCUGUCAGAAUAGAAGUACAGUUUCACCUAACAGGACCAGAUCGGAUCACGGUGAGGAUUUGUCGUGUCAGGAAGGUUGUUUCGUCUGGAAAUCACCCAAGAGACACGUUGCCAAUCGUGUCACUGCUUCGCCUUGGAAACAGACCAUCAGACCUUAUCAUUUGCCCAAGUUACAGCCGAUCGUUCUUCAGCCUGCUCAUCCUGUCCAGUGCACCGAUGAUGCAAAUGAAGUCGGAGAAAACCUUCGUCCACCGGAAACAGUGUGUCUACCCGUAACCUCUGCCAGUCCUAAUAGGCAAUUACCCAAAAAUUCACCACCUAACGAUCUUUAUUACGACGUUGAAGUUCCUAUCACUCAUGAAACCACGUACAAUAAUGUUGGCAGACCAUUGGAAGAUAAUAGUUCUCCUACGGGGACGAAACAGCAAGAAUUUUAUCCACCUCAAAUCCCGUUACCACCAACCACUCAAAUCGUUUCGUCGAUUAGUAACGAAGUCAGAAGCAACGAGCCUCUUUUGCAGCCUCAAAAUACUGUGAUCUCGACGAGGCCCUUAUUAAACGCGAAUGAGAAUAUCAAUCGAAAGGUUAGUUAUAUGGGUCCAGUGUUCCAGCAUCCGGUGCAGAAGCCGGAAAUCUCCCAUCCCGUUAGUAGAUUGUGCGAUACGAUCGAGUCGAACGAUACGAAUGAUCGUUUCACGAUUUUGGAAGCAGAAAAAGAUUUGAAAGUUGAUGCUAAAGUCACCGAGAGAGUGAUUGUAAAUAGUGAUAACAAUAACAACGAUGCGAUUAUCAGUAAUGAUGUUUCCCAACGUGGAAGAGCCAGUGGAACUCAGGAGAAUCAUCGAUGCGAUCAGUGCGGCAAGACUUUUGUUACCAGAGCGUCUCUGAAGGUACACAUCAGAACUCACUCGGGAGAGAAGCCAUUUCGUUGCGCCGAUUGUGGCAAGCAAUUCUCCCAGCUACGAAACUACAAAUACCAUCGAAGCGUUCACGAGGGUACCAGAGAAUUCGCUGCAACCUGCCCAGAAUGCGGUAAAUACUUCAACGAUCGCGGCUACCUUAGCUCUCACAUGAAGAUCCAUCGUAAUCGUAAAGAAUACGGAUGUGCCGAGUGCGGGAAGAGCUUCAAUCAACGGGUCGCAUACAAUAUGCACGUCAGAAUACAUACAGGCGUGAAACCGCAUCAAUGCGAGCAAUGUGGCAAAGCUUUCUCCAGAAAGAUGCUGUUGAAACAGCAUCUGAGGACCCAUUCAGGUGAAAGACCGUAUCAGUGUCAAGUCUGCCAGAAGGCUUUUGCUGAUAGGUCGAACAUGACGUUGCACACGAGACUUCAUUCCGGAUUAAAACCGUAUCAAUGUACCCUGUGUUCGAAAGCGUUCACCAAGAAGCACCAUCUGAAGACUCAUUUAAACUAUCACACCGGAACGAAACCGUAUUCCUGUCCAAACUGUGGCCUACGAUUUUCACAGAGCAGCAACAUGAGGACUCAUUUCAAGAAGUGUACCGUUAACAAUUCUGCCGAGAGUAAAGGUACACAGAUGGAGAACACUGUUGUAGAAUCUUCUAAGGAUGCACAGGUAAGGAUCAUCUCCAGGACACCUACCGAUACUUUGACUCCGCCGAAUUCGGAUCAGGAACUGAGUAUCCUAACACCCAUUUCGAAGAUCACCGGAAUUGAAGUAUCUGGAACGUAGCAGAGGUACGAAGGAGUCAGGUUAGCUAUGUAUUAUUUAUUCUGCGUUGUUCACCUCUGAAUCCUUUUCGAUUAGAUCGGUUGGAAAAUUGCCCAUCUCGAAGUCACGUGAUUUUAUUUUAUUCUUAAGCGUAUUGAGUAAUUGAAACGACGUCUUAUAACGAGGCCGAUUGAAAAGGAUGAAAAUGGUGUGUUUAUCGUAAAAUAGGUCUCCAGUUUCGACAGAUAACACGAUAAAAUUCUGUCUCGAAGAGAUCAAUCUUCGCGACAAAUCGGUGAGCAGGUCUGUGAUGUAACCAACCACGUAACCACCUAUGAAUCAAGUUAAUAAUGGUGAAAUUUGCACAUUUUGUGUAAUUGGCGGUCAGAGAUUGUGCGACCACUUUUUGUAUCCGAUGAGAACGGUCGUCUCUGUUUCCUUUUUUUCCCAUUUUUUUUUUUUUUUUUUUUUUUCUCAUGAAGUCAAGUUCCAGCGAUAAUGCACGAUGAUCGCGAUGGAUGAAAUCGAUCGACUGCUCGCCAGUGUAAUCGACCGAUAGAAAGUAUUAGAUUCGUUUGAAAGUAGCUCUGUCAGUUGGUAAUCUGAGAGCUACCAUAACAGUAGAAAACGGUUGCCUUUUCCUGGAAAUCGUUGUUUCGCUGUAACACGUAUGUAUUGAUUCUGUCCGCAAAUUGUUACGUCAAUUUGUUUUCUUUCAUUCCUCUCUGUUUCGAAUUAAUCGUCCAUGGCAUUACAGUGUUUUUCUAUCAAGCGCAUUUUAGUUUUGUAUUUGUUGCUCCGAGCUUUGCAUCAAUAUUUAUAUGUUUAACGAUCUAAGUGGAUGAGAAUGGUGUGAGGUAAUCUCGAUUUGGUUUUCUUUUCUUCACGAUGAGUGCAUGACGAAGAAUGCGAGACGAGUGAUUUGAUGAUUACUGCAGUGUUUCGAAUUGAAUGCAGUGUACAUAGCAAUCUAGAGUAGUUUCAUUUAUAUUGUAAAAAAAGAAAAAAAAAAGAAAAAAUGGAAUCUCCUUUGUACUUGUAAUAUAAGUGAAACAAAAAUAUUGUAUAAUGCAAUAAAACGCGUAAACAGCGUAUCGUGUCAUUAAACGACUGAGAAUAUUAA